UAGAUGGAAGCACACCCCACGGCAACAUCCGACCCACCCAUCUUUUUCCUGGAUCCGUCUGCUGCAGUGCAGUGUCUUGAAGACGACAUCAUCCGGUGCUAGAGCUGCUCACCAUUGCUUUGCUUCGGAAAUCGGUCAAUUUCAUAGCAACAUGUCCGGCCGUCCCAACUCCGGUUACUAUGAGCGCAACCACCGCCAGUCGGCGGCGCUGAUUCGCGCGCGUCGCCCGUACCUCUUCAAGAACGUUGUUCUCGGUACCAGCAUUACCGCGUUUACUCUCGCCGUCUACGCCUACACCCUGACCGUUGUCGGCCAGGACGAGUUCGAGGACGUCAAGGUUCCUGAGAAGAAAUAGGCAGAUGUAAUAUGAGCUCUGUGGCGUUGGUUGCUAUAGAUCGGUACGGGCAUCCACCAAGGCAGCCCCGGCCGUGUACAUUAUGAUGGCGUUCAGGGAAUGGAGCGGGGCGGAACACAGCUCUUUGGAUGGUAUAAGGAGUCAGAGACUCUCGCGCAGGAGUUCACCCUCCAGCCGUGUUGUAUUUGUGAUUUGGGUGUAUCCAAAUGGGUACCUUCUUCGUUAAAAGGUAUAUAUAUAUAUACAUAUCCCGACCAUAGCUCAUAUGUAAAAGCGGGCAAGGAGUGAGUAGCUCCAAAAACCCAACGCUCAGUAAAACAACUUGCCCAGCUACCCUGCAAUGGCAUAUACGCAUUGGUUGACUUGGUUAGCCAACUGACAUCCCACCCGUACUCCGAACUAUGAACCUGCCGAACAUGCCACUGUGAAAUAAAUCAUCUAUAACUCCAUAAACUCCUACCCACCGUCGCUCAAUGCCGUAACAAGUACAAAGCGGAGUAAAACACCAUUCAUGCCCGACUUAGGUGUUUGGAAUGCCCUGAAGAAAAUAAACAAAUCUGUCUGCUUGCAGUGCUUUUGGCCCGACUUCCUGGUAGUCCUCCUAAGCGUUUCA